GCUGGCCGUUGUGACAGCCGUGAGCCCUCCCCUUCAUAUAACGUCAACGGUUGGUGGUUUCACGGCCGGGCUAUCAACCGUACGGCUUACUCAAAGCCAAAUACGUGUUAUCAAAGCCUAUCAAAGCCAGUCACGCACCAGCAUGCAGCAGCGGGAUGAGGAAAGCAACCCUGGGUGUAUGUAUGUAUGUUUGUAUGUACGUAUGUGUGACUCUACGCAGGAGGGAAUGAGCGGAAAACGAGGGCGAAUGCCGGCUCAUACGCAGCAACCAACAACAAUGUGCUAUGAUGACAGACAGACAGACAGACAACAGGCAGCUAGGUAGGUAGAUCAAUUAAUACCCAUGCAGACAGACAGCUAGAGGCUCACAACAAAAACGGCUGACCGACACGAUCGAGUACACCCACCCAUUCAUUAUGAAGAGCAGAUGGAAAAAGGCAUGGCUGACGCGACGUACGUAUGUAUGAUGUCUCCGCCUGUCUAUCGUCCUGGCUGUCCUGUCCUACGUCAACCAAUCGCACCACCAGUCAUUGUUAUCUACCCCCCACCCUCUAUCUGCCACACUGCCCCCCUCUCUGCUUGCGAGCGCCUCUACCACAGAUAAACAAGUGGAAGGGCAGACAGCCCGCUUGCCGCCCGCUUGUUUGCCUCCAUCCCUUGGUGGCGCUCACGCGCACGGCCCGCCGCACAAUCGACUGCCGCUGCCGCACACUGGCGUACCAGCUCGACACCUUCUCGCCUUUCUUAACCAUAGAGACGCUCGGCUGUUCCCUCUUGGCCUGGUAGACAGGGAUGGGAGGGCCAUGGCUGUAGGGGUGGGUGAUGGGGAGGAAGAACGGGGAGGCGGAGGGCUGCCGGACCCCUGGCUGACACAAGUGGAUGGGUGAGAGGGCAGCGAGGUUGUUUGGGUGGCUACUGUCUACGGGGGUCGCACAAAUCGGCGUGCACACGCUGAUGUGUGAGGGGGUGUUGGCUGGGGUGGUCUUGGGGGUGGGGAUGAACGUGUCACCCAGGGGAAUGCACAUGGCCCCUGCAGACGCACACGCACCGCCGCGAGAAGUAGACAUCGCACUACCUGCCGCACAACAGCCGAGGCAAAGAGAACAAAGGGAUGCAUCAGAGCACUCAUCGGUCCUUCCUGGUGCAGUAGGCCGUGCUUGCCUGUGGUCUGCUCGCUUCUCGGCGUCAGGUUUGCUGCUGUGGGUGUUCGGUUGUGCGGGGUGGCCACGUCGGUUUUGGAUCGGUGGAGCAGCUGCUCCAGCACAGCGUCCAUUCGGUCCUGAUCCACACGGGGCAUCACGCUGUCUACGGGACCUAUCAGCAAUCCACACGCACACACACACAUGGACAACCAUAGAAUGAAUCUCUGUGUUAGUUGAUGCAUUGCAUACCUGUGGGCGGCUCCUGUCCGAGGUCUUGCGCGUCAGCAUCGACAGUAAUCGGCGGCAUGUCGAUGGCCAUGUCGAGGCGAGUGCGAGCGAUACGUAGUAAUGAGGUGGGUGUGAUGGCUCUGAGGGGCGGGGUGGUCUCCGUGUGUGCGUCGGAGUCAUCUGGGAGGGCUGUACGUGGGGUGAGGGAGUAGGAGGCCGCUACGGUGGGGGUGAGGGAGUACUCGCUGUACGUGUACUCGCUGUAUGUGUACGUCCACGUGUACUCACUGUCCGAACACAUAGAGCUCUCACCCUCCUCGUAUAUCGUCUGUAUGGUAUGUAGACCGCACACACACACACACACACAACACAGUAUAUGGAAACAAAACCCCUCUCUGCCCCUUGGGCGUCGGUAUGCUUGCUUUGAGUGUGCCUGCUCUUGUGCUGACCUUGAGAGGGUUGCAGUUGGACGCGGGGAACCAUUCGUAGAGGUCCUCGUCGACAGCCUCGUCUUCCGCCACCGCAUGCUGCUCCCCCCCAUCCUCCCCGUAUACACCACUAUGCAUCAUGCAUCAACCGCAUCCCACGAACAGAACAGGCGCUUCU